AUGGGUCCUGUAAAAUCUUGUUGUAAAAAUCAAAUGGAUGACAAUUUAAUGGUGACCAAAAUGGAUUUAAGUCACUGUGGGUGUUUAGAAGUUCCACCCAUUGUUUUUAACGCGGAGAGAUAUAUAGAAACAUUAAUUUUGUCUUCCAAUCAAAUAUCUAGUUUGCCUCCUCAAUUAUUUCACUGCCAGGAAAUGAAACAUUUAAAUUUAAUAGAUAAUUGUCUCAACAAUAUUCCACCAGCCAUUGGUUCUUAUCAGUAUUUAAUUAGUUUAAAAUUAGAUAAAAAUAAUUUACAAGAAUUGCCGGAAAAUUUAAAAAUGUGUAAAAAAUUAAAAAGACUUAGUUUAAAUAGUAAUCCGUGGAAAAUUAUGCCAAAUAUUGUUACUCAGUUAAUUGCCCUAGAGGAACUCUAUAUGAACGAUUGUGAAUUAAACUAUUUACCAGCAUCAAUAGGAAGAUUAGCAAAACUCAAAAUAAUCGAACUUAGAAAUAAUAAUCUGUGUAAUUUGCCUUUAUCUAUGACAAGACUAGGAAUGCUGACUCGAUUAGACAUUGGGGAUAAUGAUUUUAAUGAAUUCCCACCUUGCAUUUCAAAAUUGAAAAACCUUACAGAAUUACUUUUGGAUAAUAAUGACAUUGAGGAAGUUAUGGAUAUUAAAAAUUUAGUGCAUUUGGAACAUUUCGAUGCUAGCUAUAAUCACAUAACUAUAUUGUCUGAUACAAUCGGUUGUUGCAUACAUUUAACACUUUUGAAUUUAUCAUUUAAUUAUUUAGAAACAUUACCAAAUUCAAUAGGAAACAUUAGUUUUUUACAAACUCUUCAUUUAGAAAUGAACGAAUUAACAGAGAUUCCCAAAUCGAUUGGAAAGUUAUCAUAUUUGGAAGAAUUAAAUCUUUGUAAUAACAAAUUACAUCAUUUACCCAAUACAAUAGGUUUGUUAAGAAAUUUAAGAAAUUUAAACGUAUCGAAAAACAUGUUACAAGAAUUCCCACCUGAAAUAGGAUCGUGUACCAGGUUAUCAAUAAUUAAUGCUGCUUACAAUCAUCUUCAAGUUUUACCAUCCGAAAUUGGGUAUUUGAACAAUUUAAAAGUUCUCGAUCUUGUUGGUAAUUUUUUAAUGUACCUUCCAAUCACGAUAGUCAACCUAAGAGGAGUUCGAGCCAUUUGGCUGUCUGCGAAUCAAAACGUUCCCCUAAUUCCUUUUACCGAAGAUGUUAAUUCGGCAAACGGUGAAAGAUUUUUAACAAAUAUCGCACUGCCACAAAUCGGUGAAAUACCACGAAAACAUUUAAACGUUAUUUAUAAAAAGGCGGAAACCAACGAGAAACACGCAUCGUGGAACAAGAAAAUCAGGUUUUCCGAAGAUGAAAAUAUUCUCCCGGGUAAAUUUCACCGUACCCCGACACCAUUCCCUAAAGAAUUAAGAUCUCCCAGUAGAAAGUUAAUGAAAAAUGAAGAACAACCUCGGGCGAAUGAUAAUUACGCAAACGUGAUGGAUGGGAAAGUUCUAGAACAUGAAAUUCCGUUACUUCAAUCUCCAUCCAUUUGCAUGAGGAAAACGAAUUCGGAUUUAAAUUUUUACGAUGGUGACGUACCGAGAAUCAGAGAAGCGAGCAUUGUUAAAAAUAACAGAGGUAAUAAUAAUAUUGUCGAUAUAUCGAACGAGAAAUACGUUGUUGAAAACGAUAAAAUGGCGGCCAUGGAUUUAAAUAGAGUUAUGGUCGUGGAUUGCAUCAAUUAA